AAAACUGAAAGUCCGAUUUUUUAUAAGCAUUUUUUGUGUCUUGAAUCUCACACACAAUGAGUACUAAGAAGAAGGUCGCUAUUAUUGGUUCCGGCAAUUGGGGUUCAGCCAUAGCCAAGAUUAUUGGUGUAAAUGUAACAAAAUUUGCAUAUUUUGAUAAAGAAGUCAAGAUGUAUGUCUAUGAAGAGAUUGUGAACGGAAGCAAAUUAAGUGAAAUUAUUAAUACUGAACACGAAAAUGUCAAAUACCUUAAAGGACACCGACUUCCCGAUACUAUUGUAGCGGUUCCCGAAGUGGUCGAUGCAGCCAAAGAUGCAGAUAUUCUGGUGUUUGUUGUUCCGCAUGCAUUCGUUCCCAGAAUUUGCCAGAAUUUAAAAGGAAACAUCAAACCGACUGCUGUCGGCAUUUCACUUAUAAAGGGUUUCGGUGAAACACCAAACGGUGGCAUUGAGUUAAUUUCCGAUGUAAUUAAAAAUAUAUUAUCAAUUGAUUGCACUGUUUUAAUGGGUGCCAAUCUGGCCGGAGAGGUGGCCGACGAAAAGUUUUGUGAGACAACAAUUGGGAGUCGAAACAAAGAUAACGGCAUUUUAUUGAAGGAGUUGUUCCAAACGGACAAUUUCCGCGUUACAGUAGUUCCUGACACUUAUACCGUCGAGAUUUGUGGCGCUCUCAAGAAUAUUGUUGCUAUGGCUGCAGGAUUUUCUGACGGUUUGGGUUACGGAGAUAAUACAAAGUCUGCUGUUAUCCGAAUUGGACUCAAAGAGAUGAUUCGUUUCAUAAAAACCUUUUAUCCCGACGGCACCAAAGAGACCACAUUUUUUGAGUCGUGUGGUGUCGCAGAUCUCAUUACCACUUGUUAUGGCGGAAGAAACAGAAAAGUAUCGGAAGCUUUUGUUAAAUCAGACAAAUCGAUAGAUGAAUUGGAAAAGGAGUUACUCGAUGGUCAAAAACUUCAGGGAUAUCAGACCUGCUGUGAAGUGAUGACUAUGCUUAGGACAAAUGGACACAUAGAUAGAUUUCCAUUGAUUGAAGCGGUUUAUCUAAUCGGUCGCCGAGACAUUCCUCCACAAAGAAUGCUUGAAUACUUACGGCGAGAGCCGGAAGAUAUGUAAUGAUAUUAACAUUUUUUUGUAUUUUACCCUUACUUUUAAAAUUGUUAUAAUGUUAUAAAUCAGAUUAAAAACUAAUUAGUUUUAUAUAAAAUUAACAAACGGUAAGAUUUUAUUGCAACUCAAAAUACUAACGCGUAAAUCGUGCCUCAAAUCAUAAUAGGAUUAAUUUUUUGUUAACUUUUUUCAAUUAAAUUAAAUUUAGUAAAUAGGUUGU